AAAGAAGAGAAGCCCCCUUCUCUAUCUAGCCCUUUGCUCAGCUCUCUCUCCUCCCUCGUGGCCGCCACCAUGUCAGGCCUCUACAACCAGGGUUUCUCCCCGGCAAGAACCCUAUCGCCCCAGAUUAGGAGCAACCCCGAGGCCGACAGGUGCACGCCCGCCCACCACGACGAUUGCUCUGCGCUCUCUUGCUGCCAGUACUUGGGUGAGCUUCUCGCGGAGCAUCAAAAGCUGGGGCCUUUCAUGCAGGUGCUGCCGAUAUGCAGCCGGCUGCUGAACCAAGAAAUCAUGAGGGUAUCAAGCAUGGUCAAUGACCAGGGAUUCAACGAUUUUGACAGGCGUCGUUACAGAAGUCCGAGUCCCAUGUCAUCACCAAUUAUGCGACCAAACCUACAUGGCAAUGGAUUUGGGCCUUGGAAUGGAAUGCAUCAAGAGAGGUUAGGCUUUCCUCCUCCUCCUGGAACAAGUAUGGACUGGCAAGGAGCACCACCAAGUCCUGGCUCUUACAUUGUCAAGAAGAUUGUACGCAUGGAGGUUCCAGUUGAUGCAUACCCUAAUUUCAAUUUCGUGGGACGGAUUCUAGGACCGAGGGGUAAUUCUCUUAAACGGGUUGAAGCAUCAACUGGUUGCCGUGUUUUUAUUAGAGGGAAAGGUUCUAUCAAAGAUGCUGAUAAGGAGGAGAAGCUGAAAGGAAAACCUGGCUAUGAGCACCUCAAUGAUCCACUGCAUAUCUUGAUUGAAGCUGAGUUGCCAGCUAAUAUCAUUGAUACAAGAUUGAGGCAGGCACAAGAAAUCAUGGAAGAACUGCUAAAGCCAGUGGAUGAGUCGCAAGAUUACUAUAAAAGGCAACAGCUGAGGGAACUGGCAAUGCUGAACUCUACUCUUAGAGAGGACAGUCCUCAUCCCGGAAGCGUCUCUCCUUUCAGUAACGGUGGCAUGAAACGCGCAAAACCGAGCCACUAGCGAAUAUGGUUUGAUCGAUCUCAACCCCUUCUGUCAAGUUCAAGGAGCCCUUUGCCUCCGAGUCCGAGCUCGAGCGGUUCGUGUGGGCUAUUGUGUAAGAGACAGUAUGCCUUUUACUGGAUGAUUUUAGUCUGGCACCAAAUGGAUUUCUCCUUUGGAUAAGGAGAUCAGUGGUUUAAAACUGUGUCAAAAUCUUUGCCUGGUCCAGAUGUGUUGUUGUAAGGUUCACAUUCAUUUUGUUCGUUAUCGACUUGUUAACCCUAGUAGCUUGUGAUGCUACGAUAGGUUGUUUUCCUUUUCAGGAGAGAUUAGAGAAGUCUGGUAAUGUAAUGUUCCAAUUUAGAGGUUCAGUUAGGAUUGUAUUAUAUCUGUCUGAACAUCAUGGAGUUGCAAAAUGCAGGUCAUGACCGUGGUAUGAUGAUAGUUUGAUGGGAAAAAACUUUCAAUUAACCAUCUGGAUACAGGGUGCUCUAUAUUUCAAUGUGGUC